GGGGAAGCGUCAGACCGCCAGUCAGAUUGAGCGUGUGUGUCACGUAGUUUACUAGAAUCUCCGCAUCAAUUUCCUCGGAAGCGAAUCGAAUAAUGGAUCUCAUGAUCAGACGAAAAACAUUCACGUUAUACGGAAAUCGUUGGGAUGGAAUUUUGCCAGAAUUUCAUUUAUAAAGUUUAAGGAAAGAAGAAGACAGCCAUGGCUUCAGUUAUAUUACAGGGGCUUGAGGUUCAUUUUUACCUACCAGACAAACACCAGAUCAUUUGUCUAAGUGGUAGGUUUACCGCAGAGGAACUUUGUGUUGAGGCUGCCAAAAAACUGAAUAUAACUCCCUUGUGUAGCAGUCUGUUUGCUCUCUAUGAUGAAUCAAGCAACAUUUGGUAUCCGCCCAAAUACUCCUUUAAUAUUGAUGAGACAACAAGACUGAAGUUGUACUAUCGCAUAAGGUUCUAUUUCACGAACUGGCAUGGGAUCAGUAAGACUUCUCCUCCAGUAUUUAGACAUCAUCUCAAAAGUGAAGCAGGAUCUGCCGGCACAGCUGUUCUGGAUAUACCUUCACUGGAGUACCUCUAUGCACAGAGUCAGUGUGACUUUUAUAAUGGUCUGGCACCGUUGCGGAAGGCUCGUGAUGAGUUCGAUUUGCAGCAGAUAGAGAAUGAGUGUUUGGGGAUGGCUGUAAUGGCCAUUUCCCAUCACGGGGUUGAAAAGGAUAUUUCCGUCUCUGAACUUCUUAAAAACUUUGAGUACAAGAACUACAUUCCCAGAGCUCUGCACAAGUCCAUGCGGCAGAGGAACAUUCUCACGCAGCUACGCAUUUCCCAUGUCUUUAAAAUGUUUCUCAAGGAAUUUAACGAGAAAACGGUUAAAGGCAAGAACAUCCAUACUCAUGACUUGAAGGUCAAAUAUAUAUGCACUUUAGAGACUUUAACUCAGCACUUUGGUCAGGAGGUGUUUCAGCCCUCCUCCCUGAUCAUACUUGAGAACGAGGAGAUGCUCACAGAUUCCAGCUGCGAGGCUGGGGUUCAAUAUGAAAUCCUGGUUUCUGGAAUCUCAGGAAUUCAUUGGCGGAAAGUCUCCACGGAGACAUCUUUAGAUCCGUGGAAGCGCAAAUCGAAGAGAGGUAAAAAAGACACCAAGAAACAGAGUAUAACACCAGACCCUGAUGUAGGAGAGGACAGAUGGACAUUAUUCUCAGACUUUCAUGAGAUCAUGCACAUUGUCAUCAAAUGCUCUGUGGUCUCGAUCUACAGACAGGAUGACAGAAAGAUGGAACUGUGCUUAGCUUCCCAUGGGGAGGCUUUGUCCUUUGCCAGCCUUGUAGAUGGAUACUUUAGACUGAGAGUAGAUGCACAUCAUUUCCUGUGCAGGGACGUGGCACCCGUCUCGAUGGAAAUGAACAUACAAGAGGGCUGUCAUGGACCAAUGAAUUCAGAAUAUUCUGUCCACAAGCUGAAACAGGAAGGUUAUGAGGAGGGCAUGUACCUGUUGCGCUGGAGCAGUUUUGACUAUGAUCAUAUUCUCAUGACAGUCAUCUGCAAAGAGGGGGAAAACUCCACCAAAACCUUCAAGAACUUUCAGAUCGAAGUGAAUCCACAGAGCUUCCACAUGACUGGGACAGAUGUAGUGAAGCCUACUCUCAGAGAGCUGAUGGACCACCUGUCCGGACAGCUUCUCACAACAGAUCACAGCCGCCUGAAACUUAAACGUGGAUGUCCACCACAACCAAGAGAGCUUUCAAACCUCAUCAUUACAAGUAGUCAGGACUCACCGCCUUCUUUCUUCGAGGACGUUGUCUUGAUCCCCAAAGAGAACAUCACCCAGGAGACACACCUGGGUCAAGGCACCCACACUAACAUAUAUGCUGGGAAGCUGAAGUUAAAGAAUGAAGAUGAUGAAGGGUUUACAGUCUGUAAGGAGGUCAGUGUGGUCCUGAAGGAGCUAGGGGCAGGAUCCAAGGACAUUUCUGCCUUUUUGGACACAGUGACCAUAAUGCGGCAAAUAUCCCAUAAACACAUGGUUCUGAUGUAUGGAAUAUUCAUGCAAAGCAUGGACAUCAUAAUGGUAGAAGAGUUCGUUCAGCACGGCCCUUUGGAUGUGUUCAUGAGAAAGUAUCGCUCGGACCUCACACCCGAAUGGAAGUUUCAAGUGGCAGAGCAACUUGCCAGUGUCCUAAGUUAUUUGGAGGAUAAGAAGCUGACCCAUGGCUACGUCUGUGCAAAGAAUGUUCUGUUAAAACGGGAUGGUCUAAAGGAACAUGUUGGUCCAUUCAUUAAACUGAGCGAUCCUGGAGUGGCCAUCACUAUGCUCAACAUAGCAGAGUGCAUUGACAGGAUCCCUUGGAUCGCACCGGAGUGUGUUUAUAAUCCCAAAGCACUGAGCAUUGCAGCAGACAAAUGGGGCUUUGGGACCACUCUAUGGGAAAUCUGCUACAAUGGAGAGCUGCCGCUGUGUGACAAGAAACUCUCUGAGAAAGAGAGAUUCUACAAGGUGUCUGGCACACUGGUCUCUCCCAGCAUCUGUGAACUGGCUGAUCUAAUCACUCAGUGUAUGAAUUAUGACCCCAGGAAGAGACCGUUCUUUAGAGCCGUAGUGCGAGAGCUGGACCGCAUUAAAGAGCAGCGCGAGCAGGAACUUGUAUCUGGAGAAAUUUCUCCACAGGAGACGGACCCCACCGAUUUCAAGAGGAGAUUCCUCAAGAAAAUCCGAAGACUUGGAGAGGGUAACUUUGGGAUGGUGGAGCUAUGUCUGUACGAUCCUAAUGGAGAUGAGACGGGUGAGCUGGUCGCUGCCAAAUCCCUGAAAUCCGAAAAUGAGAGCAACAAUCUGAGGAGAGAGAUCAACACCAUUAGAAACCUCUUUCAUGAGAACAUUGUGAAAUACAAAGGCAUAUGCAACGAUGAGGGAGGGAUGAACAUUAAGCUCAUUAUGGAAUACUUGCCCGCCGGUAGUUUGAAAGAUUACCUGCCCCGCAACAAAUCCACCAUCGACCAGAAGAGACUGCUGCUUUAUGCUUAUCAAAUAUGUCAGGGUAUGGAGUACCUGGGAUCUCAAAACUACAUCCACAGAGACCUGGCAGCGAGAAACGUGUUAGUGGAGAACGAGACUCUGGUUAAGAUCGGAGACUUCGGUCUGACUAAAAGCAUCAAAGAAGAUAAGGACUAUUAUACAGUGACUGAGGAACAGGACAGUCCUGUGUACUGGUACGCUCCUGAAUGUCUGAAAAUGCGUAAAUUCUACAAAGCGUCCGAUGUUUGGUCGUUUGGGGUCACGUUAUAUGAGCUUAUGACCUAUUGUGACCGUGAGAGAAGCCCUCCUCAGAUAUUCAUAAAGAUGAUCGGCCGCUCGCAUGGGCAGAUGACCAUGGCCAGACUUGUGUGUGCUCUUGAGGAAGGAUGGAGAAUGCCGAGACCCGAGUCCUGCCCUGAUAUGGUGUACUGUCUGAUGCGCAGGUGCUGGAGUCAAGCCCCAGAUGAAAGAGUGGACUUCAAGGAUCUUAUUAAAGAGUUUAAGUGUCUCCUCUAUGAAGAAAAUAUCUAGCCUCUUUCCAUCCGAUCACCGAACUAAACUAGAUUCAGUCAUCCUUCAGACAAGGAUGUUCUCAAAUUGCAGUAUUGUGGAAUAUCACAGUUGUUUCAUUAUAUAAUUAAGGUACAUUAAUUAUAUAAACUACAAUACAUACUAUGUUUGACAGCGCUGAAUAUUGCUAAAUACACUACUGGUCAGAAGUUUAGGAUUACUGGAAUGUUUCUCUUUAGUUUAAUAAACCAUAUGAUCUUAAAACGAUAAAAGAUUUCAGGCUAGUUUUAUAUACAAUUGUUUUUUUUUGCAGGCAUAAUUUAUUCCAUUACAAUGUAAUACAAUACAGUGUUUUUGAUAGCAAGAGCUUAGUACUCCGACAUUUUUUUAUAAAGCAUCCUAGGGCGUGACAUGUUUUAUAGUACACAUUUGUGGUAUUCCACAGUUUAAAUAAUUUUACUAUUAUUUUAAGUUUUGGACAAAAAUAAUAUCUUAAAGUGACCCUAAACGUAUGACUGGCAGUACUGUAUACUGUAUGUACAAUAUGACACGGUCUGGAGUUUAUUAUUGCCUUUAUAAAUCUGUUUGCUGAACCUGUGUAUUCAUAACAUCUUAAGAUAUGUUCUAUGCUUAAUUUAUAGUGAAUGCCAAUUACUAUAAGUGUUUUUCCACACUUUUUAGACCAAUCUGCAUCCAGGAACAUCUCCAGUACCCAAAGCCAUUUUUGUUGGUUGAAAUAUUGCAUGUUAAUUUCUAUUCAAAACGUUUCCAAUUAUUCAUCUACCUCUCUGCCACAAAACAGACUGUAUUCA